ACGAGCGGCGCGCGGUAUAAAUGAAGAGUCGGAGGACGGGCUGGAGAAGAAGGACAUUGCGUAACAGCAGAACCGCACUUUCAGCUGGACAGGAGGGUUUCAGCACCUCGGACAGCACCGCCACCACCAUCAGAACCAGUCUAGAAGUGAAGAAAGCCAUGGCAUGGUUGAGCAGUGGUCAGCUGGUGCUGGUGUUUCUCUGCUGCGUGCUUUGCUGUAGGUCUACAGCGCUUCCAGCCAUCUCCACAUACUCAGCUAUGAGCAGAUCUGGAUCUCUGAACGGUGAUGGGGAAGGAUCGUGGCCGGUUGAUCCGUCCCAGGAUGUUGAGGUGUAUAAACUUCUGUAUGAAAUCGCCAACACGGUUGAAAGACCAUCAAGACACGCGGACGGACUUUUCACGAGCGGAUACAGUAAACUGCUGGGACAGCUUUCAGCCAAAGAAUACCUCGAGUCUUUACUGUCCAAGCGCGUGAGCAGUGAUGAACUGGAUGCAGAACAGAUGCGGAUGAAGCGCCACUCGGAUGCAGUUUUCACAGAUAACUAUAGCCGCUACCGCAAACAGAUGGCAGCCAAGAAAUACCUCAACUCAGUUUUAGCAGGGAAGAGGAGCCCAGAAGAUGCUCUAACCCUGCCUAACCAGUCCAAAAGCACUGAAAGCUCCUUACAGCAGAGCUAUGAGGACCCCGUUGACCAGCUCCUUCAGCAACUCCCGCUAGUAUGACGGCUCCUCUCCAGAAACCCCAAGGUGACAAAGGCUGUGCCAUUUCAAGCUGUCAACACCAUCUUCAUCCUCACCUGAGACUAUUUAUUAUUAUUUAUUUAUUCUGACAUUAUCGCAACUGACUGCCAUAACCCAUAACAAACGAGUAUUCAAAUGUAUAUUAAUAUGCAGUACGGAAAUACGUCACUGUUUGAGUUGUGUAACAAAGCCGAACAUUAUUUAUUGAAAAGCUAUUUUUGAAGUUGCUUCUCAUUGCUGCAAUCAACACAUAUCAACAUAUAAAACAAUAAAAAAUAUCAAAAUUUA